AGAGAGGAGUGAGGGAGGGAGAGAAGUGAGGGAGUGUGUAUGAGAAGCACUGGUAGCUCCCCGAUCAUUUCAGCAGCAACAGCCGCACAGCGCAGUGUGUGUGUGAGUGUGUGUGUGUGUGUGUGAGAGAACACUAUCUGAUAAAGAGACGCAGACACCGGCAAACAAGAGACGCACGUCGAGCCACCCAGUGCUGUUUGCGACGCGUUUUUUUUAUCCAAGCGAGAAAAAGAAAAGACGAAAGGACCUUCCACCUUGGGGUCCAGAUUCUCUCUCUCAUCACCGCCCGUGCGCUGAGGCGGACGCUGGAACCACAGACCACAAACCAGAGCGGGAAGUGUGGAGGACGGGAGACGGCUCCUUCCGUGCCGCGCGCAGGAAAAGGAAUUGAAGAGAAGAGCGCAAACUGAAGACGAGCCGCGUAUUGUCCGUCCAGAUACAGAGUCGCAGGGGUCGCAGCGGUCCGGAGGAAAAAGAGAAAGGAAAGAGGCGGACAUAGGUGCUUUUCCAUUUCUCCAUGCUCGGCGACGGAGUUUCCAUGCUCCCGUGAACGGAUCCUUUAUCCUUUUUUUUUUGGGUACAUUAACCCCUUUAAGCCGGGCGAAACUGGAGUACUCACAUAGACAAGGUUCUCCCAUGCCCUCCCCCCCCUGCCCAUCAUCCAUCAUUGACCAAUCCCAGACCCCAUCAAGCCAUCCCAACGACAACCCAUUGCCCCUGGACUCUGACGAAGAGGAGGAGGAGGAGGAGGAGGUGGAUGAGUUGGACUAUGCAGCUCGGUUGUACUUGCAUGUAACUCAUGAUCAACCGUCCAAUCACCAUGGCUCAAUGCUGCCUCCGGUCCCGCCCCCUCACCGCCAGCAGCCUUCGGUGACGGCCCUCAACCACUCCCUGAGCACCGCACACCACGCUGGCCACACCCUCAACUCCUCACGGCACCUAGCCCCUCCCACUGGAAGCCCGGCCCCCACGGCCGGCCAAUCACCAGCCGAGCUGCAGACCACGCCCCCCGAGAGCGUCCCGCUGCAAGACAGCUGGGUGCUUGGUAGCAAUGUGCCUCUGGAGACAAGGCACUUCCUCUUUAAGACCGGCACAGGCACCACUCCCCUCUUCUCCACGGCGACCCCAGGCUACACCAUGGCAACGGGUUCAGUGUACUCCCCGCCCACCCGGCCGCUGCCCAGGAACACCCUCUCGCGCUCCGCCUUUAAGUUUAAGAAGUCCUCCAAGUACUGCUCGUGGAGGUGCACGGCUCUCAGUGCAGUAGGACUGUCUGUGCUGCUGUCCAUCCUGCUGUGCUACUGCGUCGCCAUGCAUCUGUUUGGACUGAACUGGCAGUUGCAGGAGAGCGAAAGCUACGGGGCAUUCGAGAAUGGUGCGGGAGCGAGGGACACCACUCCGAACAGCGUCAUGAUUCCUGCCGACACAAGCAAGAUGUUCCUGGUGGAGAACAACACCAUAGACACCGGGGAGGUGGACGUGGGGAGGAGAGCUAUUCAAGAUGUACCCCCAGGCAUUUUUUGGCGCUCCCAAAUAUACAUUGACCAGCCUCAGUUUUUGAAGUUCAACAUUUCGGUUCAGAGAGACGCACUGGUUGGAGUCUACGGACGCAAGGGCCUCCCGCCCUCCCACACACAGUAUGACUUUGUGGAGCUCCUGGACGGCAGCCGGCUCCUGUCCAAGGAGAAGCGCUCCCUCAGCGACGCGGAGGCCGGCCGCGGCCACGCCCCCAGCACCCGCGAGGGAGAUGGCCUCCGGGCGGCCCGCCGCGCCCGCUCCGUCAACGUGCAUGAGGCCGGCUUCAUCCAGUUCAUGGACACGGGGAUCUGGCAUCUGGCCUUCUACAACGACGGGAGGAACGGCGAGCAGGUCUCCUACAACACCAUCGUCAUUGAGUCAAUUAUGGAGUGCCCACAGAAUUGUCAUGGCAACGGAGAAUGUCUCUCGGGAACGUGUCACUGUUUUCCAGGUUUCCUUGGGCCUGACUGUUCUAGAGCUGCAUGCCCCUUGCUGUGCAGCGGAAACGGGCAGUACUCGCGCGGCCGCUGCCAGUGCUACAGCGGCUGGAAGGGCACCGAGUGCGACGUGCCGUCCAACCAGUGCGUGGACAUCCACUGCGGCGGGCACGGCGUCUGCAUCGUGGGCGCCUGCAUCUGUAACACGGGCUACAAGGGGGACAACUGUGAAGAAGUGGACUGCAUCGACCCCAGCUGCUCGGCCCACGGCGUGUGUAUCCACGGCGAGUGUCACUGUCAGCCCGGCUGGGGCGGGGCCAGCUGCGAGCUGGCCAAGGCCAUGUGUCCCGACCAAUGCUCCGGACACGGGACGCACGACGCCGAGAGCAGCACCUGCGCUUGCGACCAGAACUGGACCGGGCCCGACUGCUCCCUGGAGGUGUGCACCGUGGACUGCGGCAGCCGGGGGGUGUGCUACGGGGGGCAGUGCCGCUGCGAGGAGGGCUGGACGGGCACCGUGUGUGACCAGAAGGCCUGUCAUCCCCUCUGCACCAAGAACGGCAUUUGCAAGGAUGGCAAGUGUGAGUGCGACCAGGGAUGGACCGGGGAGCACUGCAAUAUUGCUCACAACCCGGACAUAAGAGUAAAAGGAUUUAAAGAGGGUUGUCCAGGCUUGUGUAACAACAAUGGCCGCUGCACCCUGGAAGCCAGCGGCUGGCAUUGUGUCUGCCAGGCGGGAUGGAGAGGAGCUGGCUGUCACGUCGCCAUGGAGAUGGUCUGUACCGACGGCAAGGACAACGAAGGAGAUGGUCUUGCUGAUUGCAUGGACCCAGAUUGCUGUCUGCAGCCCUCCUGUCAGAGCCAGUUAUACUGCAGAGGGUCACCUGACCCCAGCGAGGUGCUCAACCAGUCUCCAGCAGCACUGGUACCUCAGCAGGUGGCUAGGUCUUUCUACCAGCGGAUCCACUUCCUGCUGGGCCCAGAGUCCACCCAUGUCAUCACUGGGGACAGCCCCUUCAACAAGAGCUUGGCGUCCAUCAUCAGAGGGCAGGUCUUGACCGCAGACGGGACGCCACUGAUUGGUGUCAACGUGACGUUCGUCCACUACGCAGAACAUGGAUACACCAUCACACGCCAGGACGGCAUGUUCGACCUGUUGGCUAACGGAGGCGCCUCCCUGACCCUGAGCUUCGAGCGAGCGCCGUUCCUCACGCAGUACCGGACCGUCUGGGUCCCAUGGAACGUCUUCUACGUCAUGGACACCCUGAUCAUGAAAAAGGAGGAGAACGAGAUCCCCAGCUGUGACCUCAGCGGGUUCAUCAGACCCAGUCCGAUCAUCGUGGCGUCUCCACUGUCCACAUGCUACCGCAGCUCUCCUGAGGACGGACCCAUCGUCCCUGAAACCCAGGUGCUGCAGGAGGAGACCACCAUCCCAGGGAGCGACCUCAACCUGGUGUACCUGAGCUCCCGAGCAGCGGGAUACAAGCCCGUCCUCAAAGUCACCAUGACCCAGUCCGCCGUGCCCUUCAACCUCAUGAAGGUUCAUCUGAUGGUGGCAGUGGUGGGUCGCCUCUUCCAGAAGUGGUUUCCAGCCCAGCCCAACCUCUCAUACACUUUCAUUUGGGACAAGACGGACGCUUACAGCCAACGCGUCUAUGGACUGUCAGAGGCCGUCGUGUCGGUGGGCUAUGAGUACGAGUCCUGCUUGGACCUGAUCUUGUGGGAGAAGAGGACCGCAGUCCUGCAGGGAUAUGAACUAGAUGCCUCCAACAUGGGGGGCUGGACCCUGGACAAGCACCACAUACUGGAUGUCCAGAAUGGUAUCCUGUACAAGGGCAACGGAGAAAAUGUAUUCAUCUCCCAACAGCCUCCUGUUCUCAGCAGCAUCAUGGGCAACGGCCGCCGGCGCAGCAUCUCCUGCCCCAGCUGUAACGGGCAGGCCGAGGGCAACAAGCUGCUGGCCCCGCUGGCCCUGGCCUGCGGUGCCGAGGGGAGCAUCUUCGUUGGAGACUUCAACUACAUCAGGAGGAUCUUCCCCUCGGGCAAUGUGACCAGCGUCAUGGAGCUCAGAAACAAAGAUUUCAGACAUAGUAACAACCCAGCCCACCGCUACUACCUGGCAACCGACCCGGUGACGGGACAGCUGUACGUGUCUGACACCAACUCCCGGCGCAUCUACCGGCCCAAGCUUCUCAGUGGCGCGCGGGAACUCAUAGGUAAUGGGGAGGUGGUGGCCGGUACGGGAGAACAAUGCCCUCCGUUUGAUGAAGCACGAUGUGGAGAUGGGAGGAAGGCUACUGAAGCACAACUCCUAGGACCUAAAGGCAUCGCAGUGGACAAGAACGGCUUCAUCUACUUUGUGGACGGAACCAUGAUCCGAAAGGUGGACAGGAACGGCAUCAUCUCCACGCUGCUCGGGAGCAACGACCUGACCUCUGCACGACCCCUGACCUGCGACACCAGCAUGCACAUAAGACAGGUUCGCUUGGAGUGGCCGACAGACCUGGCCAUCAACCCUAUGGACAACUCCAUAUAUGUGCUGGACAACAACAUCGUGCUUCAGAUCACUGAGAACAGACAGGUCCGCAUCGUGGCGGGCCGCCCCAUGCACUGCCAGGUCCCGGGCGUGGAGUACACCCUGGGGAAGCGGGCGGUGCAGACCAUGCUGGAGGGCGCCACCGCCAUCGCUCUGUCCUACAGCGGCAUCCUGUACAUCGCCGAGACGGACGAGAAGAAACUCCACCGCAUCCGGCAGGUUUCUACGGGCGGGGAGAUCACCUAUCUGGCCGGAGCGCCCUCUGACUGCGACUGCAAGAACGACGCCAACUGCGACUGCUACCAGACGGGGGAUGGAUACGCCAAGGACGCGCGGCUCAACUGUCCGUCGUCCCUGGUGGUGUCUCCGGACGGCACGCUGUAUGUGGCCGACCUGGGGAACAUCCGCAUCCGGGCGGUGCGCCGCAACCAGCCGCCCACCGGUUCUCUGGCUUCAGGUCCAAGUUCCUACGAGGUCGCCUCACCUGCCUCCCAGGAGCUGUACGUGUUUGACUCCAACGGAACCCACCAGUUCACCAUGUCCCUUGUUACUGGCGAUUACAAAUACAACUUCAGCUACAGCAACGAGGAAGAUGUAACUGCUGUUACCGACAGCAGCGGGAACACACUGCGCAUCCGGAGAGACACAAAUAGAAUGCCGGUUCGAGUGGUUGCCCCCGACAACCAGGUCAUCUGGUUGACCAUCGGGACCAACGGAGGACUGAAGUCCCUCACGGCUCAGGGACAGGAGCUGGUGUUGUUCAGCUACCACGGGAACAGCGGCCUCCUGGCCACCAAGAGCAUCCAGAUCGGCUGGACCACCUUCUACGACUACGACAGCGAGGGCCGGCUGACCAACGUGACCUUCCCCACGGGCGUGGUCACCAACCUCCACGGAGACAUGUCCUCCGGCUCCGUGGUGGUGGACAUUGAGACAUCGGGCCGGGACGAAGACGUGUCCAUCACCACCAACCUCUCCUCUAUCGACUCCUUCUACACACUCGUCCAGGACCAACUGCGCAACAGUUACGAGGUGGGAAACGACCAUUCCCUCAGAGUCAUCUACGCCAACGGGAUGGAAACCCACUACCAGACCGAGCCCCACAUCCUGGCAGCAGUGCGACACCCUGCUGUUUACCCCUCGCUAGGCGCCGCCAACCCCACCGUGGCCCGACGCAACAUGACACUGCCGGGCGAGAGCGGGCAGAACCUGGUGGAGUGGCGGUUCCGGAAGGAGCAGACCCGCGGGAAGGUGAUCGUGUUCGGGAGGAAGCUCCGGGUAAAUGGCAGGAACCUGUUGUCUGUGGAUUACGACCGCUCUCUGCGAACCGAGAAGAUUUACGAUGACCACCGCAAGUUCCUCCUGAAGAUCAUCUAUGACACCCAAGGCCACCCGUCACUCUGGGUGCCCAGCAGCAAGCUGCUGUCUGUCAACCUGACCUACUCCAGUACUGGUCAGGUGACUGGCCUACAGCGGGGUCCCACCACAGAGAAAUGGGAGUACGACCUCCAGGGACGAAUCGUAUCCCGGGUGUUCGCCGACGGAAAGACCUGGGGCUACACCUACCUGGACAAGUCCAUGGUGCUGCUCCUGCACAGUCAGCACCAGUACAUCUUUGACUACGACGCGGGGGACCGGCUGUCAGCCGUGACCAUGCCCAGCGUGGCGCGCCACACCAUGCAGACGGUGCGCUCCAUCGGCUACUACAGGAACAUCUACAGCCCCCCUGAGAGCAACGCCUCCGUCACCAUCGACUACUCCGAGGACGGACAGCUCCUCAGAGUUGCCCACCUGGGAACCGGUCGUCGUAUCCUGUAUAAGUAUCGCAGACAGAACAAGCUGGCGGAGAUCCUGUACGACUCGACGCGGGUCAGCUUCACCUACGACGAGACGGCGGGCGUGCUGAAGACGGUCAACCUGCAGAGCGAGGGCUUCAUCUGCUCCAUCCGCUACCGACAGAUCGGCCCGCUGGUGGACCGGCAGAUCUUCCGCUUCAGCGAGGACGGCAUGGUGAAUGCCCGCUUCGACUACACCUACGACAACAGCUUCAGGGUGACCAGCAUGCAGGCCGUCAUCAACGAGACGCCGCUGCCCAUCGACCUGUACCAGUUCGACGACAUCUCGGGGAAGGUGGAGCAGUUCGGGAAGUUUGGCGUCAUCUACUACGACAUCAACCAGAUCAUUUCCACGGCCGUGAUGACCUAUACCAAGCACUUUGACCAGCACGGCCGCAUCAAGGAGAUCCAGUAUGAGAUCUUCAGGUCGCUGAUGUAUUGGAUCACCAUUCAGUACGACAACAUGGGGCGGGUCACCAAGCGAGAGAUCAAGAUCGGCCCGUUCGCCAACACCACCAAAUACGGCUAUGAGUACGACGUGGACGGGCAGCUGCAGACCGUGUUCCUCAAUGAGAAGAUGAUGUGGAGGUAUAACUACGACCUGAACGGUAACCUGCACCUGCUGAACCCCGGCAACAGCGCUCGCCUCACCCCGCUGCGCUACGACCUGCGGGACCGCAUCACGCGGCUGGGGGACGUCCAGUACCGGCUGGACGAGGACGGCUUCCUGCGGCAGAGAGGGGCAGAGAUAUUUGAAUACAAUUCAAAAGGUCUUCUGGAGCGGGUCUACAGCAAGGCGGCCAGCUGGACCAUCCAGUACCGCUACGACGGCCUGGGCCGCCGCGUGUCCUCCAGGAACAGCCUGGGCCAGCAUCUACAGUUCUUCUACGCCGACCUCAACUACCCCACUCGGAUCACACAUGUCUACAACCACUCCAGCUCCGAGAUCACCUCGCUGUACUAUGACCUGCAGGGCCACCUGUUUGCGAUGGAGAUCAGCAGUGGAGAGGAGUUCUACAUGGCGUGUGACAACACUGGGACUCCCCUGGCCGUGUUCAGCAGCAACGGACUACUGCUGAAACAGGUGCAAUACACGGCCUAUGGAGAGGUGUAUUUCGACUCCAACCCAGACUUUGUGCUGGUGAUCGGGUUCCACGGGGGCCUGUACGACCCACUGACACGCCUGCUGCACUUCGGGGACCGGGACUACGACAUCCCUGCUGGGAGGUGGACCACCCCAGACAUCGGCACGUGGACACGCGUGGGCAAGGAACCGCAGCCCUUCAACCUGUACAUGUUCCGGAACAACAACCCUGUGAGCAAGGUCCACCAGGUGAAGGAGUAUGUCACAGAUGUAAACAUCUGGCUGGUGACCUUCGGGUUUCACCUCCACAACGCCAUCCCAGGGUUCCCCAUCCCCAAGUUUGACCUGACGCAGCCCUCGCUGGAGAUGAAGAAGAGCCAGCUGUGGGAUGACCUGCCUUUGAUCUCAGCAGUGCAGCAGGAGGUGACCCGUAAGGCCCAGGCUUUCCUGUCCUUCGAGCGCAUGCCCGAGAUCCAGCUGAGCCGCCGGCGGGUGGACCGGGACAAGCCCUGGCUGUGGUUCGCCACCGUCAAGUCCCUCAUCGGCAAAGGGGUGAUGCUGGCCGUGACGCAGGGCCGCGUGGUCACCAACGCCCUCAACAUUGCCAACGAGGACUGCAUCAAGGUGGCGGCCAUCCUCAACAACGCCUUCCACCUGGAGGACCUGCACUUCACCGUGGAGGGCCGCGAUACGCACUACUUCAUCAAGACCAGCCUGCCGGAGAACGACCUGGGCACGCUGCGGCUCACCUCUGGCCGCAAGUCCCUGGAGAACGGCGUGAACGUCACCGUGUCCCAGUCCACCACGGUGGUCAACGGACGCACGCGGCGCUUCGCCGACGUGGAGCUGCAGUAUGGCGCGCUGGCGCUACACGUGCGCUACGGGAUGACCCUGGACGAGGAAAAGGCACGCAUCCUAGAGCAGGCGCGGCAGCGGGCGCUGGCCAGCGCGUGGGCGAGGGAGCAGCAGCACGUGAGGGACGGGGAGGAGGGCGCGCGGCUGUGGACCGAGGGGGAGAAGCGGCAGCUGCUGAGCGGGGGCAAGGUGCUGGGCUACGACGGCUACUACGUGCUCUCUGUGGAGCAGUACCCCGAGCUGGCGGACAGCGCAAACAAUAUCCAGUUCCUACGCCAGAGUGAGAUAGGGAAGAGGUAACACUGCUGGAGGAGCACAAGCGCCCAUGGCUCCCGCUCCAGACUGCACAGAAGCCAUGGUCUGUUCUUAAAGAGAGAGACGUUUAGCACGGGCUGUCACUCAGCCACUGAAGGAUGGCCAGUGUUCGUUUUUUUUUAAGAAAAAGUACAAUGGUCGUAUAACAAUCAUUACUGAAACUACCGUCGGCAAACAUUUUAAAUGUUUGCCGUUGAAAAAUGGGAGCUGCCAAGGAAGUUUGGAAGUCCUCGGACCCUUUUGAGCCUUUCACCAAGCCCCCCCCAAACCGGCCCUCUGUCCACCCCCCGAUUGGCCGCCUCAGCCCAUUCCACAUGCUGUGAGACAGCGCGAUGUGGAAUAACAUGAGGAUAUUCAGAAGGACCCACCCGUUUGAGUGUGUCCCCCACGUGAAUCUGAUGUCAGAGGUUGUAUACUAGGGUCUAAGCAAGGCGCAAGGACUGAACCAUUAUAGGUUUGCAGACGUCUGUAGGCUGUGUAUAUCGCUAAAUGGAUGUACCGGGCUGUAUUUUCACAGAAGGAUCUGUUAAAAUAUACUAUGGAACUGCCGUGGACUCUCUUAAAGAGAUAGACACACAAAAGACUUCUGUUUAUAAAAGUACACAAGGACUUUCUUGUUCUGUUAUGGUUAUGUUUGUUUUUAUAUAUACUUUAUUGGAUUGCUUUGGACAAAAAAAGGGAAACAUAAAAAAAGAAAAGUUUACAUGUGAUAACCUAUACCACUAUUACUACUACUACUAUUCCUACAGCACCUCUGGACUAUUAACCAUCAUCUGAGUAAGGACCAAUACACUUUUCCUUCGCCAUAGAGAUCUGUUGUCUAUAUUACAAUUGGUCAAGUUUGAUGGAAAUAACCCCAAUUCUCUCUUCCCAGGGCCUUUAAAAUUCAGGUCAUGUCAGCUGCAAUGUAAACAAUCAAGGUUCCUUUGACAAAUGUGGGAGGAACAAACUUUGGGACCUGCGCUGGGACCAGUUAAACUAAACUUUGUGGAUGGAUGUAUUCUCGGACCAAGUGGCUCCACUAGUCCUGUACCUAAACACACCAGUAGAGCAGCGGGCUCACAUUAGCUCAUGGGUGGCUAUGUGCAAAAUGUGUAGACCAUGUGCAUUUAUUGGCCUGAUAAUGUGUAGAGGUAGUAGUCUUGCUUGCCAUAGAAACAUGUUGUCAUGGUAAAAGAGCUUUUGGGAAGAAUUGCUGCAAGGAGUUAACAAUCGUUGCCUCUUUAGUUCUUCGCCUGUUUCUCGCAAAAUUCAAGCGUAUUGCCAUCAGUGACUUUUACAGAAGUGGUAAUGGCUCCGAAACAUACUUGGAUGUUUUUUCCUCAUUGAGCGUGGGGUCUCUGUUUGCUAGAGGUUUUUGUUUGUUAUUGUGUAUGUGUGUGUGUACAAGGAAGUGACCGCAUAUUAAUGCAUUUCAAAAGCUAAACUAGGAAAUUGAGUAAUAAUGGAGUUGAAGUGUAUGAAGGUGUUAAAUGAUACAUUUUUUUAAGUUGAAAAUAAUUCACUUAUCCGUACAUCAUUAUUAGUCUCAGAGAAAGUAAUUCAUGUACAGUGUUUCUACGUUAAAAAUAAACUUUAAAAAUUCUGUGAGGUUUA